AUGGCCGCCACCGCAACCGCUCCGGGACCGACUACCGCCGCCGCCACCGCUGACUUCAACGUCGCCGACAUGGCGCUGUACGGCCUGCAGCGCGCCCGCCAGCGCCUGGCCGCGCUCGCGCCGAAACCGCAGUGGGACGCCGCCGACACGGCCUCGUUUGACUGCAUGCACUACCUAGGCGAUGCGGCGCUGCACGCCGCCGCCGCGGCUCUUCGCCUCCAGCCCGGCGCGCGCGUCGUCGACGUCGGCGCCGGCUUCGGUGCCACGGGCCGCUUCCUCUGCCGGCACUACGGCGCCGACGUCACGGGCGUCGAGCUGCAGCCCGCCAUCCACGCCAUGGCCGACACCAUCACGGCGCGCAACGGCCUUGCCGCGCACGUGCGCUCCGUCCACGCCGACUUCACAGCCCUGGACGCGACAGCCGCAAGCCCCCAGCAGCAGCAGCAGCAGCUGGUGGACCACGUCGUCUCGUUCCUCUGCGUGCUGCACAUUCCGGACCGCGCCGCCGUGUUCCGCAACGCGGCCGCGAUGCUGCGCCCGCGCGGCACCGUGUAUCUCGAGGAUUUCUUUGCCGCGAGGCCGCUGGACGCCGAGACGGCGCGCCAGCUGCGCCAGGUCGUGUCGUGCCCGUAUCUGCCGAGCAGGGAGCGCUACGUGGCCGACUUGGAGGCGGCUGGGUUUGGCAAUGUCGUGUUUGAGGACAUGACGGCGCCGUGGGCGGAUUAUGUGCGCGGCCGCGCCGUCAAGUAUAGGCAGUCGACCGCGCCGGAGCCUUUGUUGUUGACGUUUUACGAUACCAUUGAUGAACUGUUUCACGGUGGACAGCUUGGGGGCGCCCGGAUUAUGGCGACAAAAUUAGAGUAG